GUUGAGACGCGGUCGACAAAUUAUGACCAAAAAUAUUCGAUUUAAGUUAUGUGGGAUAGGAUACGAUAGUAAUAGAUCCGAAAUAAGUUACAAGUUAUUUGGGUAUCAUUAUUAUUACGAACACGAUUAUAAACUUGAAAUAUAUGAGUGUGCAUCUAAUACGUGGAAGUAUAUCAAUGCCCCUUACGAAGAAUGGCCAAUAAAAGAACCGUUAGAUAAUCAUAUAUCACUUGGUGGAAAUUCGUAUUGGACUGCUUAUAACAUCGAGACUAGCGAGUAUCUCAUCCGAAAAUUUGAUUUUUCAAAGGAGAUACUAAAGAACUUUUGUAUUCUACCGUGUAUGAAGAACCAUGAGGGAGAUACUCAUUACCUCUCGGUUUUUAGAGGAAACCGGUUUUCAAUGUUAGAACAAUGCAAUAGAACAAGUGAGAUAGAGAUUUGGGUGACGGAAAAGAAAAUCAAAAAUGGGGAUAAGGAGGAUGUGGUAUGGAUGAAGUUCAUGAGUGUCUCAAUACCUGACAUCCCUAGGUUAACCUUAUCUAACCAGAGUUUAGGACGUUGUCCAAGUUACUUCAUUGAUGAUAGGUAUGAAAAAAGCUUUGUCCUGUGUUUUACGGACGAAACUAGACAUGGUUGCAUUUAUAUCGCCAAGGGAGGUUUGUCAAGAAAGGUUAAAAUAGAUGAUGUGGGUGAUGGUUAUAGUCACUGUAUAUAUGUUCCAAGUUUCAUCCCCAUUCCUUGAGA